AUGCUGUGCAAAUCCCUUCUCAUACUAGCGGGUGCAUCCGCAACUCUAGCUUCCACUCCCAAAGGCUUUGAGCCUGGGACGACGUCUGCUCUGCUAGUUUCCUUUGGCGAUGUCGCCGCAGCAGAUGGAAAUGUCCUGCAACAAGCGGCAACUCAAACGGCUCCAACCAUAGGAACACAGUCUAAGGUUGAUGGGACGUCGUUCGCGGUAUUGAUGAUUGACCUCGAUAUCCCGACGGAUAGCCCGCCGAAUACGAACACUCUACUGCAUUGGAUGCAAACCGGUCUCACACAGAGUACGGCGGCGACGCCGAUAAAUACUUCAACGGGAAGUACGGACGCCUUCGUAUUCAAGGAUUCUUUAGGACAGGGAGCCUUUGCAGAAUAUCUCGGGCCGGCACCUCCCGCGAGGAUUCCGCUGUCUCAUCGAUAUACCCAAAUCCUGGUAGACACAUCGAGCGCCACAGAAGCCAACUUGAAUAUCCUCAAGAAUGCAGCUGCAACCCGGUUAGGUUUCGAUGCUUUGUCUGUCUUAACACAAGCUGGACUCGCGGAUAAAAUUUUAGCCGGCAAUUUCUUCAACGUUACGAACCCUGGUCCGGUAACGACCUCAGCUUCAAAGAACUCUACGACUGGCAAUGGAAGUGCUGGCAGUACAGGAACUGGAUCUGUUAUAAAACCAACCCAGACACCGUUCGUUCCUAGUGCAGCCACGGCGCACAAAGCAAGGGGAAUGUUGUUAGGGAUCGUAAUGGCUGGCGCUGUGUUUAUUACUUUGUAG